CAGUGACGUAUCAUUUUUGCACGAUUCGACCAAUCAAAGAACUCGUGCCAUCUGGGCUCGGCACGAGUCAUCACGUGAUGGCGACAAACCAAUUACCAUCAGGGUUUCGCCCGCGGAAAAGCCGACGCGCCAGCUUCCAAGUAAGCAUCCUUUUAAUAUUUCCAAUAGUUUCAUUAUUGCGGGCCAAACAGGGGGAUAAUUACAACACCAGGGAUUUACUUUACUGAAUGAUGCUGGGGCCGAAGCCUGGCGGGAAGAAAGACAUGAAGAAAGCUGCCAAGCCUGGUUCCAGCACCCCAGACCACAGGGGGGAAGACUCUUCUGCCUCCGAGGCUGAGCCUGCAACGUCCACACAGAAAAAGGAGAAGCCCUCGUCAUCAAAGUCUCACGGAUCCUCACGAGGGGACAGCAAGGCCACGAAACGAAAGCUGUUCAUGGUCUCCAACAUCCUGGAUGAAGGUGAUGAAAAGAAGACGCCAGAACGAAAACGGAAGAAGACCGGGGACGACGCAUCCGCCAGCACGCCGUCGCGCCCCAUCCCGCUCUCGGAGCGGCAACAGCUCGCGCUCAUCAUGCAGAUGACAGCCGCCGAAUCUGGGUCACCAGGUAGGAAGGGCUCACCCUCCGGCGCCGGUAACGACAGAAGAUCCUCGGAGCCGAGCAGUGCCAAGAAGAAGAACGACAAGGUGAACAAGCGAAACGAGCGCGGCGAGACUCCGCUGCACAUGGCGGCCAUCAAGGGAGAUGCGGACCUGCUCAAACAGCUGAUCAAGCAGGGGGCAGAGGUCAAUGCCAAGGACUUUGCCGGAUGGACGCCGCUACACGAGGCGUGUAACCAUGGUUACUACGAGGUUGCCAAGAUGCUUCUGCAGGCGGGAGCCAACGUCAACACGCAGGGGCUGGACGACGACACGCCUCUGCACGACGCUGCCAGUAACGGACACCCACAUCAGAUAGUGGAGCUCCUGUUGAAGCACGGGGCCGACCCUCUCCAGGCCAACACCAAGGGGAAGACUCCGAUCGACGUGGCAGACAACGAAACUGUGGAGAGGUUGCUGAAGAGUGAGACCAUCGCCUCCAGCAGUGACUCUUCCGACAGUCUGGACGUGAAGUCGCCCACGUCUCCGGAGAGCCUGGCCUCGCUCAACGAUGAAGCGCCUACGACAGGGAAGAAGUCAGGGGAUAGAGAAAGGAAGCAUGCAGAAGGGAAUGAGUACUCAGCAGAAGAAGCAGAACCCGGUGGUGCGACCAAACCUAAGGAAGCAGCGGAGAGACACAGACAUCCUUCCAAGGGAGAGUUCAGCAAGAGUCCCGCCAGGUGUUCCACCAAAAGUCCGCCAAGCAAUAUCUUCGAAAAAAUCGAAAAAAUCAGUGCCAUUAAGAAGGAGGCGGACAGAAGGUUCGCCUUUGAGAGCAGCGACUCAGACAGAAGUCGUUCAAGCACCCCGGAAAUAAGACUCAGCCGGCUUCCUAAACCCCGUGAAGACGGCAAGGAAAAAGCACCCAGGGACAAAGUUAAGGUUCUAAAAACCUACUCAAGGAGUAGCGAGAGUAGGAAAGAACAGGAGCCCGCGGAAAGGACCGAGGAGGUCGCCAAGGCUUCCCAAGUGGAGACAGAGGUUACGGAAAAGCACAGACACAAGCAGACACUGCCAGAAAGACACUUUGACUCAGACUCAGAGAUGGAGGUCAGUAGUGCGUCCAGCAGUGUCUCGAGAGAUGAGAGCGUGGAAAGGAAAGAGAGCAAGAAAGAGUCGAAAAAGGAAGCCAAGCUGCAUUCCGAUAGCAACAUCAAAACGCCCAAGUUGGACGGGAAACAUCACGAGAAGGGGACGAAGAGGAAAAGAGAUGAAGAUGCGACCAGCAGUGUUGGAGGUAGUAGUACAUCUUGUGAAACCAAAGAAAAAUCAGGCACAGAAGUUAAAGUGAAGCAUAAACACUUAGCGAAAAGGUCGGGCAUCCCCGGCACGAUGCCCGACGGAACGAUGAAGAAGAAAAUCAAGGGAGACAAAAUCCGUGACAGCGAGAAAAGGGAGAAGUCCAAACACGCCAACUCGGAGGGGAAGAAAUCUGACGAUAGAAGAACUAAGGAUUCGGAAGGGAGGUCGGAGAUUCGGAAAGAAAAGGAAAACGAGGGGAAGAAUUCUCCACAAGGGGGUGAGAUCCGGAGGCAUUCUAUGCCGGACUUGUCGGCUUCCACCAAAAAGGAGAAGCUUAAAGAACUGAAGAAGAUGGCGAGUUUGGAUAAAGCUGAAGAAGGAGUGUUUGGCAGGAUUCUUCAUUCUUCUCAUUCUAAGUCGAAGGGCGACGAACACAAAGCCAAAGUGGAAACGUCAAGAUCAGAAGGGCACGAGGCAGGGACGGAAAAAACAAGUGAGAAACACUCAAAGGGCGAGAAGUCUGAAAAGAAGUUGGAUGGUCAGGAAAGACAUUCAAAGACAGACAAGGCAGAGGUGAAAGUUCACAAAGAAAGGUCAGAGGGCAAGAGUUCCAAAGGGGAGAGGUCAGAGGACAAGAGUGCAAAGGUCGAUAGGUCGGAAGAGAAGAGGUUAAAACUAGAAAAGGCGGAGAAACGACACAAAAGUGAGCACAAGAGCAAGGAAGCCAAAGGAGAGCACUCACAGAAAGUUCCACAUGCAAAUAUCAAGAGCGAUUCCAUCCAAUCGAAUUCUAAGUCUGACCCCGGAAAACACAAGCGCAAAGACGAACAGAAGCACCACAAAACGAAGUCAGAAUCGUCCCACGCCUCGGACCAAGGUAAAGUCUCAAAACACAAAUCGGACAAACUUAAACCCAUCAACUUGGAAAGACUGAAAAGCAGCAGUUCUGAAUCUCUCCAGUCGUCGACGUCCUCGGAAGUCAAGUCAGAAAAACACUCGCCAAAGACAACAGAGAAACUGAAGCCGGAAAAACACAAGGCUGAAUUGAAAGCCGCCACUCUAGACAGACUAAAGAGCAGCAGUUCUGAGUCCCUUCAGUCCACAGACAGUUUCAAGGGUGACAGGCAGAAGUUGAAGCAUCAUGAAGGGAAGGGAGAAGGGGGGAAGGGUUCCCCACAGGUCGAGAGGACGAGCAUGGACAGCCCGAAGGUUCACAGGGCACAGGAGAAGUCCGUAAGGAGUGAUUCGUGCAACAGCGAGCGGUCGGGAAUCGAGAGCCCGGCAACAGACAAACCAAGAGAGAAGAUCAAGUCUCACAAGGGGGAGAAGAGUGGGCAUGGCCACGAGAGCCCCCGGACUGAAAAACACAGGGAGAAGGAGAGACACAGAAGCGGGUCGUCAAAGGAGAGCCCGGCAAAAGACAGAACGAAAGAGAAGCACAGGAUAGAGCAUGGGAAGGAGAUGAAGAAAGGUGCCGAGAGUCCGAGAGACGAUAAGCUGUUCCCUUGGAAAACGGACCGCAGUGGACUCGACAGUCCCAAGCGGGACAAGUCCAAGUUGGACGUCACAAAUAAGGUCGACGGGAGCAAGGUGAGGGAAGUGACCAAGGUCAAGCAUAACUCAAAAGGCGAGAAAACAAAGGUGGAAGGCUUGAAGAGAGUGGAAAACAAGCCACAUUCCCACAAUCAGGAUCUGUUCAAGCCUGACAAAACGAGUGUCGUCAAACCUGAAAAGCUCAAAACCUUUGAUCUCUUCGAGGGAGAAACGACGGACAAGUCCAAGCAUCUCAAGAUCGUGAGAAUUCCAAAGAUUAAGAAGGACGCCGACAAAGGGGACUCUAUAAGACCUGACAAGGUCAAGGAGGGUUCUAAGCACGAGCUAGCGGCAAAGUCAGAACAUCACAAGACUGACAAGGAGAAACUAUUGCUGAAAGCAGAAAAGUCUAGAGGAGAUGGGGAGAGGAAAGAGAGAGUUAAGAUCGACGGAAAAGACUCUCACGGUGACGGGAGCAAACCUCACAAGAUCAAGUCAGAUAAACACAAGGGGGAGGGUUCCAAGCACGUCUCAAGCAAGUCAAAAUCGGAGAAGGACAGGUUGAAAGUGAAGGAAAAGAGACCACCGGAAUCAAGUACUAAUGCAGCAUCAAGUACUAAUGUAGCCACAGAGAUGCCGGAGAAGGAAAAACCAGAGAAGGAGAAACCUGCAGUUCCUCCGAAGGAGGACCGCCCGACACUCUCCUUCCCUGCGAUCCCAUCGUACUUAAGAGAGGAACCAGAAACCAUGAAGGAGAAGUACAUCAAGGUUUCUCCCAAGACGGAAUCUAUCGUGACUCUCGAAGCAGACUUGAGCGAGAAGCCUUUGCCUGAAAGGAGCUCCUUAGUAGAGCCUAAGGAGGCUGAAGACAGGUUUGUCGAACCCUUCAACAAGUCUCCUCUAAGCAGGUCGGAUAUCAGUAAGGAGACGACUCUACAACUCACCCCUUCUGUGAGUCUGAGCCCAUCGGAAAGCUUCACCACAGCUACAACUUCAAGUUCGGUUCCGAAGGCAAGCGUGACGACAGUGAGCACGGUGGUCUCUUCUGUCACGGUUACAACGACAACAGUCUCCUACACUGCCAGUACUGCCGUAUCGUCGACGUCUGUUUCUGUGUCGUCAUCAUCUUCCACCGCUUCUUCACCAAGCCCUGUGAUCAGACCAACAACUUUAGUCACGUCAACCAAUGUAACCAGCACGUUUAGCUCGCAGACUGUAGCCACAACGUCCGUACCGGUCACGACAUCUCCCACGCUAGCCACGACAACGACCGCCAGCAGUGCGAUGGCGUUCACAUCGUCCAAGUCUCAGGGCGUGAUCGCGGGUCCCGUCGUCACCCAAGCCAGCUCCCCCACCAACACUGACUACCUGAAGUCCCUGCUUCUCAAGCCAAAGGUGGCGCAGAUGAUCGUGUCGGAGAGGCCGCCGGCACGCGACGCGGAACCAAAGCCUUCCGCGACGACUGUAGAGGUGACUACGCCUUCCCCUCGAGAAGAACCUUCAACAGACGUGAAAGAAACAGUGGUUACAACCCCGCCCGUCGUAGAACCACCCACAGAGAAAGAGAAACCAGUAGCAUCCUCAGACCAACUACAAGUAAAAGAGACUUUACCCAAAUCACAGCCAACUCAAGUAGGAGCUUUGUCCAACGACAGCGAUCUAGCAAGAAGUCCGACCCCUCAGGCCUCUAUACCCGUGCAUGUCAUCACCCCAACUCCACCCAGUAAGCCCACAGAGCCAGAAAAGAAAACACCAGAAAUUCCAACGCCAAUUCCUGCGACAUUACCGAGGAAAGAGGAGCCACCUGCCCUGUCCAUCCCACCUAUAGGUAUGGUCGUGUCGACAUCUGUAACAGUUAGUACCACGUCUCACACGGUUCCAAGCAAGCCUGAAGUUAAACCGAUCAUAGCUGAUACACAACCUGCUGCAAGUAAAGAAUCUGUAGUAGAACCAGCCAUCACAGAAGCCAAGACACUGCUUCCCGGUCCUUCCGAAGUUUUCAUCUCAACGUCAUCCAGCAUUUCCACCAUCCCCGUUGUCGUGACCAGUGUAGAACUCAUGGAAACGACUGUUGUGACGACGGUGUGUGUCGAAACCAGUAGCAGCACCAACACUAGCGUAGCACUACCAGCAACUGGGCAGCCUUCCUUCAGCUUAGCACAGUCCGCACCCAGCUUAACACGUCCACCUACAACCUCCAGUCCAAGCGUGAAACAAGAGGAAGACAGCGAACAGAAACCCCAAAGAAUAACCAGGUCCAUGAAAUCCACGUCAUCUCAAGCCUCCACUCCUCCAGUCCCAUCAGAAAAGCUUGUCUUGCAACAAGAAGACUCCAACUCGCAAACGAGCACAGGCCCCAUCAAGAUCGAAGGACAACCCACGUCGGUCGAAGACAGCCUCGAAAACGUCCACCCCUUCAGAAGGAAGGUUCUAAAGGUCAAGAACAUUGCGUCGCUCGACGAGCCCUACGAACGCCCGCGCCCUGAGAAGCCCAACCCGUACUGGGAGUACCUGAACAUCAGGAAAGUUAUUCUUGAGCGGAGGCAGAACAUGUCAGUGGUGAUCCCCAAGCCCCCACAGUGCUUCGACGAGUACUUACUGUACCAGUGUUCGUACCUGCUGCACAGCAGUCCAGCCAAGAGCCUCAUCAUACCCAUGUACACUCCCCCGGCCUCCCUUCCCGAGGAGAUGACAGACCUGUUUGUGGAACAGGAGAAGGCCAGACACAAGAUCCGCCUGGAGCACUAUCUGGAAAGGGAAAAGCUGAUCAUGUCCUGCGAACAGGAGAUCCUGAGGGUGCACUGUCGGGCGGCGCGCGCCCACGCCAACCAGAGCGUCCCCUUCAGCGCCUGUAAAAUCCUGCUUGACGAGGAAGUGUACAACGUCCCGCCGGAGCAGCGGACCGAAGACAAGCCGCAGGGACGGGACAGGUUCACGGCCAGGCAGUUCCACUCAUGGCUGCAGGAUGUGGACGAGAAGUACGAGGCUGCCAAGAACUGCCUGCUACUGCGGCACCACCACGAGGCCACGUCUCUCCAGGCUGUGCAGAAGAUGGAGUGGCAGCUCAGGCUGCAGGACCUCGGCUACAAGGACGUCAAGUCCCUCACCGACAUCAGCGACUUCUACGUUCCCAUGGUAACCGUCAGCGAGGACUUCGACCUUCUACCAGCGUGAGAUGGAACAAUUUCAGCAUUGCCAUGGUUACUGUCAGCAAGACUUCUGUGUUCCCAUGGUAACCAUCAGUGAGGACUUUGACCUUCUCCCAGCGUGAGAUGGAACGAUUUCUACGUUCCCAUUGUUACGGUCAGCAAGGACUUCUACGUUCACAUGGUUAUGGUCAGCAAGGACUUCUAUGUUGCCAUGGUAACCCUCAGCAAGGACAUCUACGUUCCCAUGGUAACCAUCAGCAAGGACUUCAACGUUUCUAUGGUAAUCGUCAUCGAGGACUUCGACCUUCUUCCCGCAUGAGAUUGAUCGAAUUCUACGUUACCGUGGUUACCAUCAGCAAGGACUUCUACGUUCCCAUGGUAACCGUCAGCGAGGUUUUACCUUCCUCCUGCGUGAGAUAUGAAUCGCUGGCCACGUCAUCUUGCUCUCAGCAUACAGAACAAAAUCAAAGCGCCUCCUUGCAGGUGUCUGAGGACUGCAAUGACAUGGUAGUUUUGGGCCAAGGUGCAAGUUGUGUUCAGCUGGGUAACUGUCAUGUGUGGACUUCAUUAACAGCAAGCUGGUCAUUCGUUAUGCCAAAGGAAAGCUUCACCGGAGGAUACUAGAUACCGGACAGUGAGAUCUGUUGUGUGACUUUUUCUAAGAGACUUGGGUUUCGUACACCAGAAGUAUGCCAGUAAAUUGCACAUAGAAGUUACAGAAAUUACGGCACUGUUGUGUCAGAGAUGUAGGUAAAGUUGAGUGGCUAUAAGUAAAGUCGUCUACAGUUUAGUACUGUGAGAACUUGGACGCUUGUGCAAAUCUGCACGCGAUCGGUGGACGAAUAGCUAGUUCAGAUAGGGCUGAUUUAAAUCGCAACACUACAGGUGUUGCAAAAUAG